AUGUCAGGUGACAUUGUGGUCUGCCGUUUUCAGGAUAUCGUCAUGGAUAGCAGCAGUUCGAGCCGUAUCGUACCGAUGUGUUUAUUCGCCAACUGGGAGACCGAUCGGGCCAUCACCAGUGCUGUACAGCGGAUGUUUUCGAUGGCACUGACUCGUUUAGUGUUUAAUUCAUUUCCGGAGCACCACUCUACAUUUGUCAUUACUGUUAAAUUACAGGGGUCGAAACGGUCACUCCGCAGCAAUGACUUCCCAGUUCAGACAAAAAAUGGUAGAGUGGAUGUGGAUUUGAAUGUAUCAUUCACCAUACAGUAUCCACAUUUUUUGAAAAGAAAAGCCAAUAUACUACAAAUAUUGGUGCAGAGACGUAAACGUUAUAAAAAUCGACCAAUUCUUGGUUAUAAAACUCUUGCUAUCGGUACGAUAAAUCUAUCGGAGGUGCUGCAGAACAGCUGUAUCCGCGAAGUUACUCUGUUUGAUCCAGAUGCCGAGAAGGAUGAUGUUCAGAAUAUCAGUUCAGUUGGACGACUGCUUUUGGCAUCGUGCCAGAGCCAAGCAUUUGAAGCAGAAAAUGAAGUGAGCGUACGAAGAAUCAAAGACAAAGAGUUGGAAAGUGAAGACGACGAUGAUACUUCUUCUGAUGUGCAAGAAACCAAUGAUGAACAAGAAGUUCCGGAUUCGGCCCGCUCGCAAAAACAGAGGUAUAAAAUACGAAAAACACGAGCACGGAAAAUGGCGAGAAGGAAGAAUUUGAAGCAGAAGUUCUCUUCCCUCCUCAAAAAAUUCAAAAUUCCUGAGGAGGGUGCUCCAGAUCUGGAAUCGAGACGCGGAAGUACAGCACCGACGGCGCAAGAGCUUGAAGAGCUUUUUCAAGAGCUGGAUAAUUUAUCGGAUUCUGGCCCUGAAAUGGUAAUGGACAACUUGAGCAUUGUAAGCAAUCCACGGCCAUGCCUUCGGCCGUAUUUCGCAUCAUCAUCACGAGAAGUAUUGCCAUCAAUUACGGAUGACAAAGUAUUGGAUAAUACGGAGGAAACGGAAAGCGACGAGGAAGUCAGCACCGACUUCGAUAACCUUGCACUAGCCUCUACUGGCUUGUAUAUUUCAAGUGACAAAAUUCAACAGAAGACGGGAGAAUCAGGCCCGAACAGUGUCGCCGGCGUUUCUGCGGUGCCAAAUUCAGCUACAAUCGGAUCGUUUUCUCUGUAUUCGCCGGAUUCAAAUCCAUCUGCUUUUUCGAAAUUUCAUGCUCACACUCGAACAAUGUCUGUCACAGAUUGGCUGUCCGCUGUUUUACGCGAUGAAGAGCCCUGGAAUCCCAGCGAACGUUUAUGGUUAUGCGAUUGUUCGGAACUUCCGGUCCCUGCAUUUUUUUGUUCUGUUGUGCGGGUGCUCGAUUGCUCAUCAUUUAACGACUGCCGCUUGUUGAUCUCAUCGAUUGUUGCAAAAAUACAAAAAUUCUGCAACAGCUCAUCGGCUUCUCCGCCAUGCACAAUUUUAGGCAUUAUAGGAUCGGAAAAGCUAGUUAGCCAUGUUCUUCGCGCCUACGUCGAGUCAUUGCAGAACAAAUCCGCUGAUUGGAUCAACUUCCUCAGGUUUUGCGUGAUUGCUCCGACAUUUUGUGCGCUUGGUAAGGCACUUCAAACAGCAGCCGGUGGCGCUUGUGCACUGUCAGAACUGUUCACCAAGAAUAUUGACGAAUUUUCACCUGCUGAAUUGAAAACAUUUGCUGAGAAGCUAAAAAAUGUAGCGGAUGGAGCUGGCGCUUCGGUAGUGCAGCAGUCCUCACCGCCUUUAACUCCUCAUAAUACAAAACUGGCUGAUUCACAAGAUCUACAAAUCGAGUAUUGGGUUCCCAGUCAUGCUGCAGCAAAUGUAUGUGAUUGUAAAAUAAUUUUUGGAUGA